AUGAAACGCCUCUCCCAUCACUGUUUAACUAUGUGGCUGCCCGUCAUGUUGGCGGCGCGUGUGAACCUCAAGGGCUGGCAGCAGGCGGCUGUUGCAGUCGGUUCGGCGUUCGGUGCCUUGCUUGAUCCGAAGAGAGCUGAUCUGAUUGCUGCGCUUGGGGAGACUACCGGGAAGCCAGCGUUCGAGCGUGUGCUCCAGCGCAUGAAGAACAGCGCCGAAGGCAGGGAAAUUCUUUUGGAGCGUCCUCGGGUUAUAUCCACUCGGGUUUCACACGCCUGGGACAUGCCUGAGAACACGUUCGGUGCUGCCUAUGCUCAGUUCAUGGGGUCAAGGAACUUCUCACCGGACGACCGCCCACCAGUUCGCUUCAUGGAAACCGACGACCUCGCCUUCGUCGCGACCCGUGCCCGUGAGGUGCACGACUUCUGGCACGUGCUGUUCAGCCUCCCGACCAACCUGAUCGGCGAGACUGCCCUCAAGGUGAUCGAGUUCGAGCAGAUGUUCCUCCCGAUGUGCAUGCUCUCUGUCAUCGGGGGCUCCGCGAGGUUCAGCGAGAAGCAGAGGAGGCUGUUCUUCCAGCACUAUUUCCCAUGGGCGACCAAGGCAGGUGUCAAGGCUACUGAUCUGAUGUCCGUGUACUAUGAGAAGCACUUCCAUGAGGAUCUGGAGGAGGUGCGGAGGAACUGGGGGAUCGUGCCGUGCCCGGAUCCCAAGGCGACGAGCAGUGCUUAG